GCCAAUGGGGCUCGCGCUGGCGGCAGUUUGAAGCCCCUCAGCGGCGCGCGCGGCCCGGCCCGGUUCAGUUUCUCUCGGGGCUGCCCCGGUGCCGCUGUCCCCGCCCGGAGCCAUGGACGUGACCGGGGGCUUCUUCGGCAAGCUGCGGGAGCUGGCUGUCACGGUGGAGAAGGAGGUGAAGCAGCUGGAGCGGGCCAUGCGCCGGGAGGACGCCGACUAUGAAGAUGAAUCUUCACUCACAGUCUUGCAUGACCUCCAUGGUGAAAUCAAGACUCAAAAGGAAGAUGUUAGUGCCAGUCUUGGUAAGAUUUGCUCUGAAAAAAAAGCAGUUCAUGAAUUUAUGAAGGCAAGUGAAAUCUUAAUGCAAAGAAAUGCAGCAGAUCUUGGAAAAAUAAGAGAGCUGUUCCAGAAUUAUGGCUACAAACCACAUGUCAAAGACUCUACAGAAGAUGAGAAUGAAGCUAACAGUGAAUCAGCAAUGUCUGCCCAGAAUAAAUCUGAUGAAGAAAAAGCAAAUGGUGCGCCUCACCUCUGUGCUUCUGCAGAGAAGGCGGCGUUGCCCAGAGACCCGCUGCGCAACCCGCAGCUCUCUGACUUUGGUCUCUCGCAGUACGCCUUCUCCCGGCCAUGGAGCGCGCUGAAAGCGCAGCACACCUCGAGUGCACGUCAGCUAAAGGCCAAGAGUGAGACUCCACUGAGAGUGCAGACACCGCAGGCUCUGCCCAAAACACCGAAAUGUAAGCUGAAAAUGGAUGACUAUGAGUGUGUGACACCAAAACUUGAGCACUUUGGCAUUAGUGAACAUACCAUGUGUAUGAAUGAAGAUUAUACCAUGUCACUUAUUCAGAAAACUUCUCAGGCUAUCAAAAAGUUUGUUAAAAGAGGAGAUGAUAAUGGAGGGAAUUUGCCAGAAAUGACCAUCAAGGAAAUCAUGGUUACUCCUGCAUCAAAAUCAAGUAAGAGAGCUGAGAAUGCAGCAGCAGCUGACUGGAUGGCUUCUCCUAUGGUAUUUGUGUUCUGUACUCCCGAUGUGAAGGACUCUUCCAAAACAAAUAAUACAGUAUUAUCAUGGUCACCAGAGACAAAGGAACUGCCUCUUCCCAGUCAUGUAGCAACACCACAGUGUCCAGAUUUUCAAACAAGAUGGCUAAAAGCAGAAGCUAAGCAGCAGGUAACACCAGGGGGGAAGCUUGAGUCAGUGACAAAGAAUGAUGCAAAAGAUACACCAUACAAAGAAGAAAGAAUUCCUUUUGCUGCAACAUCUGAUGAGUAUCUUAAAAAUACUGGGGACCCUUCCCCUCCCAAACUGGAACACUAUGACCAUUUACUCAAUACUCCUCCACCUCCAGAAAUAACAAAGAUACCAGAUAAUGUUCUAAAGAUGCUUUCCCAAUAUAAUCAUAAGGUAAACUCUUCUAAAUCCAAGGAAAUGGAGACCAAGGCAGGAAAUACUACAAGAUAUGAAAGUGGUUCCACUGAUUACAGCAACAAAGAGAACAGAGGAUAUCGUGGAGUUUUCAAGACAAACAUCUGAAAUGAAACUGAAGACCAUGUUGAAACUUUCACAUUUGUGGAUCUUAUCACCAAAUUAUAACAAGUUCAAAAAGCAAAAGGAAAUACUGGUGGGAAGAAAGAUACCAUACCAAGAAAAGGCUUUUUUAAUGGAGAACAAUUCUUUAUCCAUGAUGUGGAUUAACUUGUUUGAACUAACAGCUUGUGCUUAAUUCUCUAUUGACAUUAUUGGCAAAAUGUAUUGAGGGGUUUUAAAUAUAUUGCACUUCAAAGAGGAAUGAGAUCCAUGUACAAGGUGGUGCUUCAGUUGUUUGUUGUGUAGGAUUGCAUUUGCAGUAGGCUGUAGAGAGUGCAGUUAGAUGUGAUAAAAGGAAAGUCCAGUAUAUUGCUUUCAAAAGUGGAUCUCUCUGGCUGUUCCAGUGACUCUACAUCCUUUCAGGACUGAGGCUGAAGUCUGGUGCUUCAACAGUAUUUGGUAUCUUCAACAGAAACAAGUAAAUUUUUUUUUGUGUUGGAAGAGUAACUCCUGCUUUACUGUUUAAAGCAGUUCUGUGCUUUUGGUCCUUUCUGCAGUGCUAAGAUGUAUCUGACACAUCCCUGCAUCAGACUGACUGUUACCUCUCUGGCAGACCGGCAUUUCCCAUGCAGCUUCUUCCUUUAUACAUCAACAUAGUAUCAGGUGCUAUGCAUCUGGUUUCUUUGUAGCUCUAGAAGGUGACUCCUGCUCUACUGUGAAUCGUUUGGAAAUGUGCAAUUGUUACUGGUUAUGUGUAUCUUCAGCUGCUUGGAAGAAUUUGUUGGCCGGCCUGUAGGUUAUGGCUUCCUCUCCUGCUGCUGCCAUGUGUAUUCUCUUCAGUGCUGGUGUCACUUCUAAAUAUGCACAUCUAACCCUGUAGUAGCUGACCAAGCUGAAGUUCUCAGAGCUGUUUGGCACUCUUUUGGUAGUCAUAGUAAUUAGGACUUUUUUCUACCAGUACUUUUAUUGUUUUCCACCAGAAAACCUAGCUCCAUAUCCUUGUUUGGAGCCAAAAUGGUGUUUCCAGUGUCAGCUGUUCCUCUAAGUGACUCCAGGACUUCUUACUAUUUGUCUUCCAUUUGAUGACUGAAAUUCUGUCAUUUAUGUGAGGGCAAACAUGCAACACAUGAGAAGGGAGAGACUGUCACAGGAGAUGGGGAUAAGUGGAUGUUUUUCUGAACUCAGCUCCACAUUUUUUUAAGUCUUCAGGAAAUGCAAACAUCUAGAGAAGCCCAUAAGUAUUUCUUCAUUUGCUUAGACUUGUCCUGAUUAAAACUUAACAAGUAAAGGUGCCUUUUUCCAAUUACAGUCAUUUUCCAGGAUAAGCGUACAUCAAAUUGGAGAAGGUGAUUUUCUACUAGUUCUGACCUGAGCACGCUGUCAUUGAAAAGGCUAGUUUCUGUUUAAAAUUAUGUAUAUAUUAAUGUGUCAGUCUGUGAGCUUAAUUAACACUUUUGGAUACUAAAUAAAUCUAUCUCAAAUGC